ACUGUACAAUACAUGUAAACUUGUUUGCAAACAGAGAACAUGUUCUUAUGUUGUUGUGAGUGUUGCGUGACCAGCUAUAGUUCUUUGUCACGUCAAAACUUCAAGCCUCAUUGUCUGUGUUCCAACAUCAUUGACGAUAAAACAUCUUGUUGUUACACCAUUGGAGCAGGCUUACAUCGGUUAAGUAGUUUACAAUCUGCAUCUUCAAACUCUGGUUUUUAACGGAAAAAAUUUGUUAUUAUCAAGUACUGAAGUUAGUAACUCUGUUGGAAGUUUAAAAGUCGACACUAUGGCGAAUUUAGUCACUUACGUGACACAAAAUGAACGGCAUGUUUUGGAAGAUCGCGACACAUUCGUGAUGAAUCUGGUAAACUCUGACAAUUUUUUGAACAUGGGCCUGGCGGAAGAUGUAAGGAGUGACAGUUUAGACACCUCUGACUUGGGAGGACAACAAACGCAACAGGAUGUCAUGUCAACAGAAACUAGACUUGAUGACUGUGGUGUCUCUAGUGGUGAGCGUGAUUUGAGCUGCUCGAACCACGGAUUGCCGAACAAGGAGCAGGGAGCGAGGAGUACGCGGAGCAGGCGCCAUAACACGUUAAUAGGAGACCGUCCAACUCACAGAAGACGUUCCGUAAACGACAUGACGAAACGUCUCAAAUCUUGGCUCUACGACCACAAAGACAACCCCUAUCCAACGAAGAAUGAUAAACUCACCUUGUCCGAAUCUUCUGAGAUGACCUUAAUACAGGUGUCCAACUGGUUUGCCAACGCCAGACGCCGCCUCAAGAACACCGUUGGGCAAUCGGGUCUCACUUGGAAGAACAGAAUUAAACUUUACAAUCAACAAGCCCGGGGAAAUGCAGAUCAAGUCAGCCUUGCAAGCUCAGGGUCGGGUGAAACUGAAGCUGAUUUUACAGCUGAAGGUGAAAUGCCUGCUUUAAGUCCUCUCAACACAGAUACAUCGAGCUCACCUAGCAACAACCAAUCACAGGCGUUCACUGCGCCCUCUACGGUGAUGAGAGUAGAUCCCGAGUGUUUCCCCCAAUCUCCUGCAUCAUCUCAGGUCGAGGUGUUCACAACCGAAUCAGCGCAUCUGCAUAAAUUCAAGCAAAACAUUCUGCACCGGUACCUCCAUGACUCGGUCCAGCACCAACAUUUCCAAUAUGGCGCUCUCCGGUCAGGAACAAAGACGCCCUCAACGGUCCGUGUGUUUAACAACAGAGAUUCGAUAGGCUCGACGGGUGAUUUCGAGGAUGUAUCGAGUACUUCACCUAACAGUACAGGAAGUGACGGCAAUCAGUCAAUAUUUCAAGAUGGGCGUUCACCUUACGAUAUAGACUUCCAGGGUAUGUCAGUUGGUCAGAUGUCUCAAAGUGAAGAAGCAAUGCCGCAAACAAUGGAAGGCAAUGAUACGUAUAGGAAGGAGCUAGUAGCGGCAAUGGUACUAACAAAUAUGGCCCGGGCGAAACGUCACUUACUACCGCUAGGAAUGAUGCCGUAGUCUGUUUGUGUGCUUAGAGACACAGCGUCAGCAGAAUUAUGUGUGAACGUUUCGUCUGGUGUUUGAUGACCAUUAAUAUCAUGUAUAAAUUCGCAUCAAACAUAAUUUGGCGAGGUUUGCGGUAGCACCAUGUGUAAAUCUCUUUCGAGUAUCGGUGGUGCUGAACCGGUGGUUGACAACUCCAGAGUUGAGAGUUGUCAACCACCGGUUCCUUUUCAGAACCACGAUUCUUAUAAUCGAUUUGCACAUAAUGGUGCUAUUGCAAACUUCACCUAAUAAAAUCUCCACCGGGCGAAGUUUAAAAUCCUACUUAUCAAAAAUACAGUCGUUCAUUGGUUCAUGCUGGAAGAGAGAGGCCAUUGGCUGAUUGCAAAGUAAUAAUUUACAGCUCUUGGUGCGCACCUGGCCCAAUUUCAUAGAGCUGCUAAGCACAAAAAUUUGCUUAGCAUGAAAUUGUUGCCUUGAU